UCUGAGACCUGAUCCAGGCGAGAGCAGACCCUCUUCUUCCCCAUAAGGUGGCCGACUUAGCAGUCGGGUAUAGUAGUAAAAAUGUCCGGAGGCUGCGGCCUGCUGUGGUUGCUUACCUCAUGCAUGCCCCUCGGCCCCCUUCUCCCUGCGUCGUCGCAUCGAGGGACUACGGUAAACCUACCUGGCUACAAGGUAUCAAGCAAGCAAGCGCAUUAUCCAAUGAUUGUUUGUGCCAGUUUGCUGCUCGAUCAAGUCGGGAUGAUCGUGAUCGUACAAUGGGGCGCCUAUGCAGGUACUACUCCGGGCCCUUCCCAGGGUGCGUCUAGCGCGUUGGGGGAAAGCAGCCGACCAGAACACCGCCGAACUAAUCGGCUCUAUUUUGUUAGCAACCAAACGAUGGCAAAUGAUAGCCCCAGUCCGAAAUUUUAG